UCUGAUCUGAGUCUUUAGGGACUGAGGUUUGGGAUAGGUACCCGUCUCCCACUUAGACGAACCUCCUACCUCCUACAGAGCCUCGCUCGCUUCUAACCUCUUUGUUGCCGGCAUCUGUCCGGUCCAUCCUGGUUCCCUCCUACCUUGGAUUGUAGAUAAAAGCUGCCACCCUCUCAACUUCUUUCCACGACUUUUCCUUUCUUCUCUACCCAGGUAUCGUGCUUCACGCGAUCUCUUCCCUAAAUAUCACUUCAACUCUCUUUUCAAGUUUACUCAGAAAACCUCCCGCCUCUUCCCUCUGCGGCCGGCCCAAAAACAUAUAUAUCUUAGCUCAGCUCCCCUCCAGCUUUCGCUUAUACCAACACCCAUUCGAUGGGAGAAACCGAAUCCAAAUCCGCGAAUGGUGCCCUUCACGCCACUUCCACGUCGGACUCGUCGACCGUCGCAACCGGUCAGGACGACCAACCCCCUAUAGCGGAACCCCCAGACCUACUAGCGAUAGAGAAGCCGAUUCUUCCCCAUACGCUCUCCGCUCAUCGCGUCGCCAGAGACCUCAAGUCCGACGUCGACGAUGGUUUGAGUAGCGAAGAGGCUGCUGCCCGCCUUGCGCGGGACGGCCCUAAUUCUAUCAAAGGCGCCAAGGGCAUCUCCCUGUACGAGAUCUUCAUACAGCAGAUUGCCAAUGCCCUGACUGUCGUCCUCAUCGCCGUGACCGCUCUGUCCUUUGCUAUCUCGGACUAUAUUGAGGGUGGUGUCGUCGCCGCCGUCAUUGUCCUCAACAUCGUUGUCGGGUAUGUCUUUGCUGCGUCACUCACUCGCCCAGCCAAAUCUGCUGGUCAAGUCUUGUCGCUUGCUGCUGCUGCAACUCCCCACAUCGUUGCUGCACUCACUUUGCUACACACACCUUCUUCUCGUCUCUGUUCCUUGUUCCUGCUGCCAUACGGUGAAGCCUGUGAUUUUGCCAUGCGUAAGGCCAGAAGCCCCAAGCACUGAGGCCGAAUCCUGUGCCAUACCCUGAAGCUGACAGUCCGAAUUACAUCUAGCCGUACUCAUUAAUCUCCGCUCCAUGCUAACGUUAUAUCCGCUAGAUUGAUCCAGGACUACCGCGCUGAGCAGACCAUCCAGUCGCUCUAUGCACUGUCCACCCCUAAAUGCAAGGUCAUCCGAGAUGGUCACAGUGAAACUGUCAAGGCCGAAACCCUCGUCAAGGGAGACAUCGUCUCUCUCGCAACUGGCGAUGUUGUUCCUGCCGAUCUGCGCCUGAUUCAAGGUAUCAACGUUUCUACCGAUGAGGCACUUCUCACUGGUGAAUCUAUCGCCAUCAGCAAGAAGCCUGAUGUCGUCUUCACCGAUCCCGAUAUGCCCAUGGGUGAUCGUGUGAACCUGGCCUAUUCCGGAAGCUCUGUCACUAGAGGUCGAGCCACCGGUAUUGUUAUUGCUACUGGUAUGGAAACAGAGGUCGGCCAGAUCGCCGAACUCCUGCGCAAGACUAAGAACGACGACACCGAAAGGACCCCCGUCGGUCGCGCAGUUUGGAAGUUCUACCAGUUCUGUCGCAGAAUUCUUGGCCUCGAGGGAACCCCUCUACAGGUCACCCUCAGCAAGUUCGCCCUGUUGCUCUUCGCCUUCGCCAUUGUCCUGGUCAUCAUCGUCUUUUCCGCCAGUCUGUGGAAAAUCACCGAUGAAGUCCUUCUGUACGGUAUCUGCGUCGGCGUGGCUGUUAUCCCCGAGUCUCUCCUCGCAGUUUUGACAGUUACAAUGGCCGUUGCCACCAAGGCAAUGGUUCGGGGCAAUGUCAUUGUUCGUCAGAUGCCUUCUCUUGAGGCCGUUGGCGGUGUUACCAACAUCUGCUCGGACAAGACUGGUACCCUAACUCAAGGACGAAUGAUUACCCGAAAGGUUUGGCUCCGUGGAGAUCUCGCCGGAACUGUUGAGGGCACCGCCAACCCCUACGACCCUUACAGUGGAACUGUCAAGUGGUCUGCUGACUUGGCCGGAAGCUGCUUGAACACUUUCCUCAAGGUCCUUACUCUUUGCAACAACGCCACAGUCAGCGACGGCAAGAAAGAGCCCGAGACGGACUCUAGCAGCAUCAUCACUUCCGAAGAUGCUGAGUGGAAAGCCAUUGGCGAGCCUACUGAGAUUGCUCUCAAGGUCUUCGCUAUGAGAUUCGGCCGUAGCGUUUCCGGGGGUGACACCCUGGUUGCCGAACAUCCUUUCGAUUCCUCCUGCAAGCUCAUGAGCGUUGUUUACGGUAAUGAGAUUGAACAGACUCGACACGUCUAUACCAAGGGCGCUGUUGAGGUCCUUCUCACCAAGCUUACUGAGACUGAAGAGUUUAAGAAGGAAAUCCUUGCUAAAGCUGAAGAACUCGCCGGCCAAGGUUUGCGAGUGCUCUGUAUCGCAACAAAGCCUAUGAAUGGCGACGCUCAAGAUUGUCAUGAUCGUGCCAAGGUUGAGAGUGAGCUUCAGUUUGUCGGUCUGGCUGGUCUCUACGACCCUCCUCGCCCUGAGACUGCUGGCGCUGUUGAACAAUGCCGCGCCGCCGGUGUUACUGUUCACAUGGUUACUGGCGACCACAUCAAGACCGCCACAGCCAUUGCUUACGAAGUCGGUAUUCUUAACAUGAACACCCCCCUCAAGUCCAACACCGUCAUGGCAGCUGCCGACUUUGGUGCCCUCAGCGAUGCUGAGAUUGACUGCUUGGACGAACUUCCUGUGGUUCUCGCUCGCUGUAGCCCUCUGACCAAGGUUCGCAUGAUCGAAGCCCUCCAUCGCCGAAAGGCAUUCUGCAUCAUGACUGGUGACGGUGUCAACGACUCGCCUGCUCUUAAACAAGCUGAUGUCGGUAUUGCCAUGGGAGACCGUGGUAGCGACGUCGCCAAAGAGGCGGCUGACAUGGUUCUCACUGAUGACAACUUUGCCUCGAUCGUCACUGGUAUCCAGGAAGGUCGACGACUUGCUGACAAUAUUCAGAAGUUCCUUCUUCAUCUUCUGACAUCCAAUUUGGCUCAAGUCAUUCUCCUUCUUAUUGGUCUUGCCUUCAAGGAUGUGAAUGGUAACGCCGUCUUCCCCUUGUCCCCCUUGGAAAUUCUUUGGGCCAACUUGGUUACCUCAUCGCCUUUAGCUCUGGGUCUUGGUCUCGAGGAAGCCUCUCCUGAUAUCCUCCGGCGGCCUCCCCGCAGCUUGCGCAGUGGAGUAUUUACCCUUGACCUCGUUCGCGAUCAGCUUUUCUAUGGACUCGCCUCAGGUUCACUCUGUCUGUGUGCUUUCAUGCUUGUCAACUAUGCUUCAUCUGGCCAGGGUUACUACCUCAUGGCAGAAGGCUGCAAUGAGAGUGGACACGAUGAGUGUGAUCUUGUUUAUCGCGCUCGUGCCACGACCUUCUCCACCUUGGCUUUCCUGUUGCUUGUCACAGCUUGGGAGGUGAAGCACUUUCACCGCAGUCUCUUCAACAUGGACGAGCGCGCCACUGGCCCAUUCUCUGUAUUCAAGACCAUCUACCACAACAAGUUCCUCUUCUGGUCCGUUGUUGCCGGUUUUGUCAUGAUCUUCCCUAUCGUGUAUAUUCCCUACCUCAACACUGAGGUGUUCAAGCACAAGGGUCUUUCAUGGGAGUGGGGUGUCGUCGCUGGCUGUGUUGUUGUAUAUAUCGCCCUCAUUGAGAUGUGGAAGGCUUGCAAGAGACGGCUCAGGCUGGGUCUAGACUCGCACCCCGUCACCCAGGGCCAGGCUCAAGUCUAGGCUCAGGAGGCGAACAAUAUAAAUCGGUGAGACAAAAGGUGGGCUGGCAGUCGUAGUGGGGGAAGUUAGACGUGAGGGAUGAGGGACAGGUUUUGGGAUAUUUGCACGGUUAUCAGAAUGUUUUGGUAUUAUACUUAUUGCUAUUAUCCUCUACUCAAUACAUUUCCUGUCGAAAAAUCCCUAUGCAACGCUAUGUGAUUAAAACUGUCUAUUUGAAUGAUCGAAAACUUUUCG